CAAGUUGACCCGGAAGUACUCCAUUUUCCGCGGGUCUUUUGGGACAAUAACACAGUGUGCAGAGAUGGCGGAUGUAAAUGCAAUGGAGAAGAAACUGGCCGAAUACAAGUGUAAUACAAAUGAAGCGAUCUGCCUGAAGUUAGUUCGUUUUGCAGAUGAUCUGGAAGAUGAUGGCGUCACAUUCCACCCAGAGUACAGCCACCAAACAUUUGGAGAUGAUGAGAUUGCUUUUGGAUACAAGGGUCUUCAGAUCCAGCUUUUCUACACUGCUGGGAACCUGAGCACUCUCUUCAAAGUGAAAUAUUCAUCAAAAGUUACAGACACAUAUGACUGCGUCGAGCCAGACGACGUCGAAGGGAAGAUCAGGGGAUUAAUUCCAGCCGGUUUCACCUCCAACACAGAUGACUUCCUCUCACUGCUGGAGAAGGAGACCAACUUCAAGCCGUUCGGCACGAUGCUUCACUCCUACACAGUGCACAACGAGGAGGCAGGACAGUUAACCUACCAGAUCCACAAGGCUGACAUCAGCUGCCCCGGAUUCCAAGAGUACCACGAGCGCCUACAGACCUUUCUCAUGUGGUUCAUCGAGACCGCCAGUUUCCUCGAGGUAGACGACGAUCGUUGGGACUUCUUUCUUGUAUUUGAAAAGUACAAUAAAGACGGGGAGACUCUCUACGCCACUGUUGGCUACAUGACAGUUUAUAAUUACUACGUAUAUCCAGACAAAACCCGACCACGUGUAAGCCAAAUGCUGAUCCUACCUCCUUUUCAAGGGGAAGGUCAUGGCGCUCAGCUGCUGGAGGCGGUGCACAGGUUUUACUGCAGCGUGCCCAAGGUGCAGGAUAUCACAGCUGAAGACCCCUCUGAGAACUACGUGAAGCUCAGAGACUUUGUGCUGACGAAGCUCUGCCAGAACCUGCCGUCCUUCGACGCAGAAAAGCUGCACCUUGGCUUCUCCGCAGACAUGAUCAAAGAGGCCCAAGAAAAGCUGAAAAUCAACAAGAAACAUGCAAGGCGAGUGUAUGAAAUCCUGCGUCUAAGAGCAACAGACAUGAGCGAUGAGGAAAAAGCCAGAGCAUACCGGUUAGAGGUGAAGAAGCGGCUCUUUGGACCCUACAGGAAGAACCAGAGGGAGCUGGCGAAGAUGAGGAAGUGCUUACGGCCAGAGGAGCUGUUGUCCCACAUGGGUCAGCUGGACACUCAGACACAGCAAGAGGAGCUGGAGAAGAGCUAUCAGGUGGCCCUAGAAGAUUACAGGAGAAUCAUCGAAAGACUAGCAUCCCAGGCCUGAUGUGGUAGAGAACCUGCUGACCGGGAGUCCGGUCUGUACAGAAGCCCUCAUUACCAUUGGACUGAAGAUGCUGUUUGAGUUUCUUACAGAUCUGCUGAGGUUAUCCGUAGUCCUGACUCCCAGCUGAUCUUUAUGUACCAUAGGAGGUCUUUCAUUCAAACGGAGGGAGGGAGGGGCUUCCUGUUUCUUCCAUUUCUUUAAUCACAUUGUGUGAUAGAAAAUUAUUGGUAUUAUUUUCACAUCGAACCACAGUAUUUCUGUUGUUUAAUUAAACCCAGUUUAAUCUCCUUUCUUUUCAAAACUGUUGCUCUCUUCAGUUUCAAAUGUUUUCAUUGUAAAAAUUAAAUAGUGUUUUUGUAUUGUUGUUCAAAUGGGGGCGAUUCUUUAAAAAAAAGAAA